AUGCUUGAAGAUCCUACUGUCAUUCUGCAGAAGUGGCCGGAAUCUCUGAGGUUGAAGGAGGCACUUUCGUCAGGAAGUUUUGGCCAUUGCUAUACGAUGCCUGGUCUAAAAUUAAAUGGGCCGUUGCCGGAUUUAAUAGCCAACACAGAUCGGAAGCUGGGUGGAAUGUUUAAGGCGCCAUCGACUCCCAAGGAUUUGGAUAGUGUUCAUCUUCUCAUUGCCGAUGGUCACUUCCGUGCUGCAGUAAACCUGACUGCUGAAUUGUUGACACAAAUUAAUCAGGGAUUUGGAAUGGCCGGUCAGCCUUCGAGCAAUACUGAUUACAGCCUCAGAAUUUGGGCAUGCCGUCUGCAAUUGCUUAUGGCACUGAAAUUAUAUACGUUAUUAAAUGAUGAAUUAGUCUCAUUUGAAGAGCUAGAUGCACCGGACUUGUUUUAUCAAUAUUAUCCCAAUCUUUAUCCUCAUAAUUCCCAAGGAAGUUUAGUAUUGUUCAGUAUGCGUCUGAUUCAUGCUGAGGCUCUGCGUUUUACAUCAUCUCCUUGGUCAGCUAUAGAAAGGAUUGAUCGGCUAGAAAAAAAUGUCACUGAAGUGUUGGAUAAUGCACUUGAUAAAAGUGAGUAUUUUACUAAGAUAUGGAACGAUCGUUUGUUAGCUGUCAGAAAAAUGCGUGCGCGUAGUUUAUUUUUUCUGAAGGAAUAUACGACAUCUAUGAUCCUGUACAAUCGUUUGUCUAAUACGAAAGAAUUGGAAUGUGAACAGCGUACGGUCCUGAAAAUGAUGUUGAUGAGAAUGGCUCUUAUCGUUGGUGAUGAGAAGAAAUUAGAACAUUAUUCACAUGAUAUGGGCCCAGUGGACCUUAAUAACCAAGUGGCAUAUGGGUCUGUUUCAACUAUUUGGGGAUUGAAUAAUAAAGAUCUGUCAUUAAAAUAUCAUCAAAAUCUGUUUUUUCUCUUCCACAAUUUUCAGUUGUAUAACAACAUGGCUAUUUGCUUGUUAUACAAAGGACAAGUUGCCGAUGCCAUUGAACUACUAAAAAAUUCCUCAGACGAUCUAAUCGAACCGGCAAUGAUCAACCUUUCCACUGUUGGCGAACUUUCGGUCUCAAACUUUGAUGCUCAAAAUUUGAUUAUUUUUUAUCAGAAGUUCGAGCGAGUUCCGGAUAUGUUCCACGCUCUAACAAUCAAAAACUAA